AUGUGCGCCUUCGUCGUCCUUGCCAGGGUCUUCUGGUUCCACGCGCUGCUCGUCCUUGUCCUGAAGGUGCCUGCUGCCGUGGCGGGCUUCUGGCGGGCCUGGGCCGUGGGCCUCGUGCUGUGCGGCGGCACGCUCGCCGCGGGCUCCGCCCUCGCGGUGGCCUCCCGGCGGCCCCGCGGCGCGCGGCCGCCGCGCGGCACCCUGCGGCGCGGCCAGCCGCCGCGCGCCCUGGAGGACGUGUGGCACCGCGCUCGCGAGGCACCCUCCGGCGCCGCCGCGCUCUCGGCGGGCGCCGGGGCCGCCGGCGGCGGCUCCUUCGGCGUCGACGCGCUCUCGGCGGGCGCCGACGUCGGCGCCUUCGGCGUCGCCGCGCUCUCGGCGGGCGCCGCGGGCGCCGGCAGAGGCUCCUUCGGGGUGGACUCGCUCACGGCGGGCGCCGAGGGCGCGGUCGGCGGCGCCCCGGCGAGCCCGGCGGCGUGGGAGGAGCCCAGCGCGGGCGCUGGGGCGGCGGGCGGCGCGAGCGGCGCCCGCGCGGGCGCGCCGCCUGCGGCCGAGGCCCCUCCGCCAGCCGCGGCGCCCGCGAACCGGAGCGCCUUCCCCACCGGCUCGCUGUACUGCUUCUCGCUGCUGCGGGACCCCCUCGGUCCGGAGGCGCGCCUCCUCGACCUGCAGCGGCAGCGGCGCACGGGCCCCUUCGGGUGCGACGAGAGCGCCGUGUGGACCCUGGAGGAGCUCCAGGGGGACGCAGACUGGGGGCCGCCGGGCGGCGGCUCCACCGCCGGGGAGCUGGCGAGGCUCUGGGGCCACGUGGUCGCGGACGGCGGCUUCCGGUCCCACGCCUGGACCGUGCGGGUCGACCCGGACUGCGUCUUCUUCCCGGGGAGGUUGCGCUGGGUGCUCAGCGGGCGCCGGGAGGAGGCCGAGAACGGGGUCUACAUGACGGGCUGCGCGGAGGACGACUCGCCCAUCCAGGUGCUCUCGAGGCGGGCCGUGGAGGCCUUCGGCGAGGGCUCGGGGCGCUGCGGGGAGGCCCCGGGGCGGAUCCACCUGCAGCCGAGCGGCGGCGAGGACGCCCCCGUGCACUGGUGCCUCUCCGUGGUGCUGGGCGUGCGGCAGGUCUCGGACCGGAGGCUGCUGCUGGACUCGCGCUGCGGCGCGCGCGACGUGGCGGGCUGCGCCCAGGGCCACGUGGCGUUCCACCCCCUCGAGACGGAGGAGAAGCUUCAAUCGGUGCGUGAGGGGCGCCCACAGCGCCACCCUGGCGAGAGUCGGCGUGUGACCGGGCCGAGGGUUGCCGCGAGGCUCCUCUCUCGCUUGUAG